GAUGAAAGUUACGUAGUAGUAUUUGUUGACUGCUUGAUGUGCUGGGUUCUGAUUUGUGCAAAUUAUCUUGAUAUUUGCAAGUAGGUGGAUCACUCUUGUUGGAGUCUUUUGUUUAGUAAUAAAAUUUGUGAUUGCGAUACACUUCUUGGUUAACUUCACUGGCCAAAUCCAAACCUCAUGUGAUAAUGGGAUGUAGGAGCAAGAUACAUUAGUUGCAGUGUUCCGUUGGAUGGUAAUCAAUUACUCCUCUUUGGAUGAGGAGAAAGCUGUCAAGGCUGCUGCUGAUCUUCUGGGGGAACUCUUCGUGUUCACGGUUGCAGGAGCUGCUGUUAUUUUUGAGGUACAAAGAAGCUCCAGAUCUGAAGCAAGAAAAGAGGAGCAGCGCAAACAAGAAUUGGAGGCAAUGAAACAAAAAGAUGAAGAUCUAGCACGAGAAGUUGAGCUGCUUAAACAAAAAAAUUGAAGAGCAGGAAUCAAGCGACCAAAGGAAUUCUAAUAGAUAGUUCAAAUGUUUUUUCACCAUUGAUUUAGAUAU